ACCGCGCCAGCCCAGUCCCCAGUGGGCCGCCAUGUUGUCGGAGUGAAAGGUAAGGGGGAGCGAGAGCGCCGGCGAGCGAAGAUCGGGGGGCCGGAAUCCAUCUUCAUCCUACCGCUCCGCCCGUGUUGGUGGAAUGAGCGUUGCAUGUGUCUUGAAGAGAAAAGCAGUGCUUUGGCAGGACUCUUUCAGCCCCCACCUGAAACAUCACCCUCAAGAACCAGCUAAUCCCAACAUGCCUGUUGUUUUGACAUCUGGAACAGGGUCGCAAGCGCAGCCACAGCCAGCUGCAAAUCAGGCUCUUGCAGCUGGGACACACUCCAGCCCUGUCCCAGGAUCCAUAGGAGUUGCAGGCCGUUCCCAGGACGACGCUAUGGUGGACUACUUCUUUCAGAGGCAGCAUGGUGAGCAGCUUGGGGGAGGAGGAAGUGGUGGAGGCGGCUAUAAUACUAGCAAACAUCGAUGGCCUACAGGGGAUAACAUUCAUGCAGAACACCAGGUACGCUCAAUGGAUGAAUUAAACCAUGAUUUUCAAGCACUUGCUCUGGAAGGAAGAGCUAUGGGCGAGGUGUUGCUAAUAAGUUGGAAAUUUCAACCUGUCCAGGAGGAGAGCAGAACUCUUGGGGUUUCUGGUGCUUUAUUUCUAAAAGUCAGCAUUCCAUUUCUGACAUUGCAUAAGUCAGCUCUUCAGCUCUUGCCAGGUAAAAAGUUUUGGGAAACAGAUGAAUCCAGCAAAGAUGGACCAAAAGGAAUAUUCCUGGGUGAUCAAUGGCGAGACAGUGCCUGGGGAACAUCAGAUCAUUCAGUUUCCCAGCCAAUCAUGGUGCAGAGAAGACCUGGUCAGAGUUUCCAUGUGAACAGUGAGGUCAAUUCUGUACUGUCCCCACGAUCGGAGAGUGGGGGACUAGGCGUUAGCAUGGUGGAGUAUGUGUUGAGCUCAUCCCCGGGCGAUUCCUGUCUAAGAAAAGGAGGAUUUGGCCCAAGAGAUGCAGACAGUGAUGAAAACGACAAAGGUGAAAAGAAGAACAAGGGUACGUUUGAUGGAGAUAAGCUAGGAGAUUUGAAGGAGGAGGGUGAUGUGAUGGACAAGACCAAUGGUUUACCAGUGCAGAAUGGGAUUGAUGCAGACGUCAAAGAUUUUAGCCGUACCCCUGGUAAUUGCCAGAACUCAGCUAAUGAAGUGGAUCUUCUGGGUCCAAACCAGAAUGGUUCUGAGGGCUUAGCCCAGCUGACCAGCACCAAUGGUGCCAAGCCUGUGGAGGAUUUCUCCAACAUGGAGUCCCAGAGUGUCCCCUUGGACCCCAUGGAACAUGUGGGCAUGGAGCCUCUGCAGUUUGAUUAUUCAGGCACGCAGGUACCUGUGGAUUCAGCAGCAGCAACUGUGGGACUUUUUGACUACAAUUCUCAACAACAGCUAUUCCAAAGACCCAACGCCCUUGCUGUCCAGCAGUUGACAGCUGCCCAGCAGCAGCAGUAUGCGCUUGCAGCAGCCCACCAGCCUCACAUUGGUGUGUUUCCAGCAGGUUUAGCUCCCGCUGCGUUUGUCCCCAACCCAUACAUCAUCAGCGCUGCUCCCCCGGGGACGGACCCCUACACAGCUGGAUUGGCUGCAGCAGCGACACUCGGCCCAGCUGUGGUCCCUCACCAAUAUUAUGGAGUCACUCCAUGGGGCGUCUACCCUGCCAGUCUUUUCCAGCAGCAAGCUGCUGCAGCUGCAGCAGCAACAAAUUCUGCUACUCAACAGAGCGCUCCACAGGCCCAGCAAGGACAGCAGCAGGUUCUUCGUGGAGGGGCUAGCCAGCGUCCUUUAACCCCAAAUCAGAACCAGCAGGGACAACAAACAGAUCCCCUUGUAGCAGCUGCAGCAGUGAAUUCUGCUCUUGCCUUUGGACAAGGUCUGGCUGCAGGUAUGCCAGGUUAUCCAGUCUUGGCUCCUGCUGCUUACUAUGACCAAACUGGUGCCCUCGUGGUGAAUGCAGGAGCAAGAAAUGGCCUCGGAGCUCCAGUUCGACUUGUUGCUCCGGCUCCUGUCAUCAUUAGCUCCUCAGCUGCACAAGCAGCUGUUGCAGCGGCUGCAGCUUCAGCAAAUGGAGCAGCCGGUGGUCUUGCUGGAACCACAAAUGGACCAUUUCGACCUUUAGGCACCCAGCAGCCCCAGCCCCAGCCUCAGCAGCCUAGCAACAACCUGGCUUCCAGCUCCUUCUAUGGCAACAACUCUAUGAACAGCAACUCCCAGAGCAGCUCCCUCUUCUCUCAGGGCUCUGCCCAGCCUGCCAACACGUCCUUGGGAUUCGGAAGCAGCAGUUCUCUUGGUGCCACCCUGGGAUCGGCCCUUGGAGGGUUUGGAACAGCAGUUGCAAACUCCAACACUGGCAGUGGCUCCCGCCGUGACUCCCUGACUGGCAGCAGUGACCUUUAUAAGAGGACAUCGAGCAGCUUGACCCCCAUUGGACACAGUUUUUAUAACGGCCUUAGCUUUUCCUCCUCUCCUGGACCCGUGGGCAUGCCUCUCCCUAGUCAGGGACCAGGACAUUCACAGACACCACCUCCUUCCCUCUCUUCACAUGGAUCCUCUUCAAGCUUAAACCUGGGAGGACUCACAAAUGGCAGUGGAAGAUACAUCUCUGCUGCUCCUGGUGCCGAAGCCAAGUACCGUAGUGCAAGCAGUGCCUCCAGCCUCUUCAGCCCCAGCAGCACUCUGUUUUCUUCCUCACGGCUGAGAUAUGGGAUGUCUGAUGUCAUGCCCUCUGGCAGGAGCAGACUUUUGGAAGAUUUUCGAAAUAACCGGUACCCUAAUUUACAACUACGGGAGAUUGCUGGCCAUAUAAUGGAAUUUUCCCAAGACCAGCAUGGGUCUAGAUUCAUUCAGCUGAAACUAGAGCGUGCCACAGCAGCUGAGCGCCAGCUGGUCUUCAAUGAAAUCCUCCAGGCCGCGUACCAACUUAUGGUGGAUGUGUUUGGAAAUUACGUCAUUCAGAAGUUCUUUGAAUUUGGCAGCCAUGAACAGAAGCUGGCUUUGGCUGAGCGCAUUAGAGGCCACGUCUUGUCAUUGGCACUGCAGAUGUAUGGCUGCCGAGUUAUCCAGAAAGCUUUGGAAUUUAUUCCCUCAGACCAGCAGGUAAUUAAUGAGAUGGUGCGGGAGCUAGAUGGCCAUGUCCUGAAGUGUGUGAAAGACCAGAAUGGCAACCAUGUGGUUCAGAAGUGCAUCGAAUGUGUACAGCCCCAGUCUUUACAGUUUAUCAUUGAUGCAUUCAAAGGUCAGGUAUUCGCUUUGUCUACUCACCCUUAUGGCUGCAGGGUGAUUCAGAGGAUCCUAGAGCACUGUCUCCCUGACCAGACUCUCCCUAUCCUUGAGGAGCUUCAUCAGCACACGGAACAGCUUGUGCAGGAUCAGUAUGGAAAUUAUGUAAUCCAACAUGUACUGGAGCAUGGUCGUCCUGAGGAUAAAAGCAAAAUUGUAGCAGAGAUCCGAGGCAAUGUACUUGUAUUGAGUCAGCACAAAUUUGCAAGCAAUGUUGUGGAGAAGUGUGUCACUCAUGCCUCACGUACAGAACGUGCUGUACUCAUUGAUGAGGUCUGCACCAUGAAUGACGGUCCCCACAGUGCCUUAUACACCAUGAUGAAGGAUCAGUAUGCCAACUAUGUGGUCCAGAAGAUGAUCGAUGUGGCUGAGCCAGGUCAGCGGAAGAUUGUCAUGCACAAGAUCCGGCCACACAUCGCGACGCUUCGAAAGUACACCUACGGCAAGCACAUCCUGGCCAAGCUGGAGAAGUACUACAUGAAGAAUGGGGUGGACUUGGGGCCCAUAUGUGGCCCCCCUAAUGGUAUCAUCUGAGCAGUGCACCCAUCCCCGUCCCGCUGACCUCACUGACCCUGGCAGAUACAACCAGCAACCAGAAAUGCCCAGCGUAGAGUCAGAAGUGGGCAACGGUUGCUCUGGGAUUACUCCCUCCUCCAAAAAGGAAUCAGAUCCAUUCGUGGAAAGGCCUUUGUAAAUUUCAUUUUAUUACACAUAACAUGUACUAAUUAUUUUUUUUAAUUGACUAAUUGCCCUGCUGUUUACUGAUGUAUAGGAACUUGUACAUAGGUAAUCAGUGUACAUGGGAGGCCACAUGUUUUGUUUUAUGUUGUAUCUAUAUUCCACAUGUGGACACUUUCAGGGUGGUUGGUUUAACAAAAAAGUUAAAAAAAAAAGACAAAAAAAGGUUUUUAACUCAUUUGCCUUAUGGCAAGUUUUGCAAAUAGCUCUUCCCGACCUCCUCAUUUUAUUAAAAAACAAAAACAAAACUGAGAAAUUUGAAUUUUAGUUAAAUGACUCCAAACUGGCAUUUAACACUGUUUAUAAAAUAUAUAUAUAUAUACAUAUAUACAUAUAUGAAAUGGGAACGUUUCAGAGUCGUUAAAGCAUCAGCCUGUGACACAGAGUUCGUGACACUCUUUUUGGAGAAGACCUCAUGCUGAGGAAAGUGGUGGCCACAGAUCCAGGUGGAGAAGGAGUCACAGAGACCCAAGGCCAGUGGUCGGGGCCGUGGGGUUGCUUUCUGUGAACACUGAGAAGCAGAAUCUGAUUAUCUAGCAUGAGUGCAAACCCAGCUCUGCUCCUGGUCUUGCUUCUAUAGAUACAUAGUGUAUACUUGUAGACUUUUGCAUAUAUACGGAUUUGUAGUAUUUCCUGUUUUGAUGUCUAAUCUGUAUCUAUAAUGUACCCUAGUUAGUCGGACAUACUUUUGAUUGUACAAUUGUACAUUUGUAUACCUGUAAUGUAAAUGUGGAGAAGUUUGAAUCAACAUGAACACGUUUUUUGGUAAGAAAAGAGAAUCAACGCCCCUCCCCCCAUGCACUCAGUGUAUAUCCACCUUUUAUGGUCGUAGCUGAUAGUGUUGUAUAUUGUAAAUUGUAAUUUCAACCAGAAGUAAAUUUUUUUCUUUUGAAAGAAUAAAUGUUCUUUAUACAGCCUAGUUAAUGUUUAAAAAGAAAAAAAAUAGCUUGGUUUAUUUGUCAGCUAGUCAAGAUGGUAGCGAGAGCCUUUCUAAAUAUUACUUCAGACGAUUCAGUUCACACUAGUGUUUUUUUUUCCUAAAAAAUGUUUUGCUUAUUUUGUGACAGUCAAGAAAGGACGUGCAGAAGUUUCGCCUGCCCUUCCCCGCUCAGCGCCUCCCUUGUAAAGUGACUCGCCCUCCGUUUUGUACAGAUGAGCUGUAUUUUGCAUUUUGUCUACUUGUAAGUGAAUGUAACAUACUGUCAAUCCUCGUUUGAAUAUAGACUGUAACACUACACGGUGUACAUUUCCAGAGCCUUGUGUAUAUUUCCAAUGAACUUUUUGCAAGCACACUUGUAACCAUAUGUGUAUAAUUAACAAACCUGUGUAUGCUUAUGCCUGGGCAACUAUUUUUUGUAACUCUUGUGUAGAUUGUCUCUAAACAAUGUGUGAUCUUUAUUUUGAAAAAAAUACAGAACUUUGGAAUCUGAA